CUCACGCCGCCUGGUGUCUCCGCUCCGGUCCCGAUUUAAAUCCAGGCAGUGAGGAAAAUGGCGGUGCGGAGCUCAGUGUGGGGGAGAAGGAGAUGUAGCUGAGGUUUGGCACAUUUCCCAGGCAUUUCUACUGGUUUCUGCUGUAGCGAAUACAGUGCUAGGAUGUGACUUAAAAUGACUUCUGAUUCUGAAGGUCCUCUGAAAAAUAUGCACUGCUUGAAUGUUUGCUAAGGACUCGUAAGUAACUAUUCCAGGGAGGAACUGUAAUUCCUGGAGUAACUGGAAGUGUGCACAUGUGUCACCCACAGCAUGACUGAAGAUGCAGCCUCAGCGGUGAGUUGCUGAUGCUUGGUCAAGAUGAGUGGAUUAGGAGAAAACUCCUUAGAUAGUUUGACUAAUGAGUCAAGGAAGCGCAAGCCAUUGACUUCUGAUACACCAGGUGCGAGUGGUGAGAAGCGUCGACGUGAGCAGGAAAGCAAAUAUAUUGAAGAACUGGCUGAGCUGAUAUCUGCUAAUCUGAGUGACAUUGACAAUUUCAAUGUCAAACCAGACAAAUGUGCUAUUUUAAAAGAAACCGUGAGACACAUUCGACAAAUAAAAGAGCAAGGAAAAGCAGUUUCUAAUGAUGAUGAUGUUCAGAAAGCUGAUGUAUCAUCCACGGGUCAAGGAGUUAUUGACAAGGAUUCACUGGGACCUCUUUUAUUACAGGCACUGGAUGGCUUCCUCUUUGUUGUAAAUCGAGAUGGGAACAUAGUAUUUGUAUCAGAAAAUGUUGCACAGUAUCUGCAGUAUAAGCAAGAAGAUUUGGUUAAUACAAGUGUCUAUGGUAUCCUGCAUGAAGAGGACCAGAAGGAUUUUCUUAAAAACUUACCUAAAUCUUCAGUGAAUGGAGUUGCUUGGACUAAUGAAACACCUAGACAGAAGAGCCAUACAUUCAAUUGCCGGAUGAUGGUGAAAAGCUCUCAUGAUUUCUUGGAAGAUGGAGGUGGCUGCCAGGAUAUACGUCAAAGAUAUGAAACUAUGCAAUGCUUCGCUUUAUCGCAGCCAAGAGCUAUGAUGGAAGAGGGGGAAGAUUUGCAGUCCUGCAUGAUUUGUGUGGCACGUCGUAUCACAACUGCAGAAAGGGUGUUUCCAGCGAAUCCAGAGAGCUUUAUUACAAGACAUGAUCUUUCAGGCAAACUUGUCAACAUUGAUACAAACUCACUACGAUCUUCCAUGAGACCUGGCUUUGAAGAUAUAAUUCGUCGGUGUAUUCAGAGAUUUUUAUGCCACAAUGAUGGGCAGUCCUGGUCAAAUAAACGCCACUAUCAUGAAGCUUAUACACAAGGUCAUGCUGAAACCCCAUUGUAUCGGUUUUCUUUAGCGGAUGGUACAAUAGUGACUGCACAAACAAAGAGUAAACUGUUUCGAAAUCCUGUGAAUAAUGACCGCCAUGGAUUUGUCUCUACCCACUUCCUUCAAAGAGAACAAAAUGGAUAUCGGCCAAAUCCUAAUUCUCUUGGGCAAAACAUCAGAACACCUGUAACCGGAAGCACAAAUUCUGUUAAUGGUCUUACAAACAUGUCACCUGGUCAAGCCAUACCAACGCAGAACAGGAACUAUGGGAUGGGAGAUCCCAAUGCAGUGGGUCAGCUCACCAGCACUCGAUAUGGAGGCCCUGGGAAUAUGGGGCCAGUGAACUCCGGACCCGGAAUGCAGUCCUCUGCUUAUCAGAGUAACAGUUUUGGGUUAAAUAUAAGUAGCCCACCACAUGGUAGUCCUGGCUUAACUUCCAACCAACAGACUCUAAUGGUAUCUCCUAGGAAUCGAGGGAGUCCAAAAAUGAGUUCACACCAGUAUUCUCCAGUUACAGGUAUGCACUCACCAAUGGGAUCUGCCAGCAACACUAGCAACAGCACUUUCUCUAGCAGCUCACUUAGUGCUCUGCAAGCCAUUAGUGAGGGUGUUGGAAAUUCCCUUUUGUCAACACUUUCUUCACCGGGUCCAAAAUUGGAUAAUUGCUCAAACAUUAGCAUAACUCAGCAAAGUAAAACAAGUACCCAGGACUACAAAAGCCCUUCUGGUUUGUAUUGUGAACAAAACCAAGUGGAAAGUUCCAUCUGUCAGUCAAACAGCAGGGAUCUCCUUAGUGAAAAAGAUAGUAAAGAGGGAAAUCUGGAGGCAUCUGAAAGUCAGAGAGGACCAUCUGAGAGCAAAGGGCAUAAAAAACUCCUUCAGCUGCUCACAUGCUCCUCAGAUGAAAGAGGACAUUCUAGAGCAUCAAACUCACCUUUAGACUCAAAUUGUAAAGAAUCUUCUAAUAGCGUUACAAGUCCUUCAGGAGUUUCCUCAUCAACAUCUGGUGGGGUAUCUUCCUCCUCAAACAUGCAUGGGUCGCUCCUGCAAGAGAAGCACAGAAUUUUACAUAAAUUGUUGCAGAAUGGUAAUUCUCCAGCAGAGGUGGCCAAGAUCACAGCUGAAGCUACUGGUAAAGACACGUAUCAUGAUGCUAGUAACACAGCCUCCUGUGGAGAAGGCACUGUCAAACAAGAUCAACUGAGCCCAAAGAAGAAAGAAAACAAUGCUUUACUAAGAUAUCUACUAGAUAAAGAUGAUAUUAAGGAGCCAAUUUCCAAAGAGUUGAAGCCUAAAGUAGAGGGUGUGGAUAAUAAGAUGGGGCAAUGCACAAGUUCUACAAAUCCUACUUCAAGUCAAGAAAAAGAGAUGAAAAUAAAAAUGGAGCCAGCAGAGGAGGUGAAUGGAGACUUGGAUAAUUUGGAUGCAAUUCUAGGUGAUCUUACUAGUUCAGAGUUUUACAAUAGUGCUAUGUCUGCAAAUGGUAACAAUCCUGGAACAAAGCAAGCAUUAUUUCAAGGAAAUACCCUGUUGGGUGUGAAGAGUCCCCAGUCUGUGCAGACUACCCGCCCACCUUUUAACAGAGCCUUGUCCUUAGACAGCCCUAUGGGCUCAGGUGCUUCAGUGAGGAAUGUCAAUGCGUUCUCCAUGUUACAAAAGCAAAACUUGAUCAGUGGAAGUCCAAGAAUGGUUGAAAAUCAAGAAAAUUUUGGAGCAAAUCUGGCAAGUGCUCCCAGCAGAAAUCUGGUGAUGAAUCAACAUCAGUCAGGAGACUGGGGUUUGCCAAACUCCAAAGUGAAUUGCAGAUUGGAAUCUGCAAGUUCUGCUUCAGUGUUGAGACCGGGACCUGAAUUUAGUGCAGCCCUUCCGAGGACCCCAGAGGCUGGCUCUGUGUCUGGGCUGCCUGUUCGCUCUAACAGCAUACCUGGUGCUAGGCCAAUGCUGCAACAGCAAAUGAUUCACAUGAGGCCAAAUGAGAUAAAUGUUGACAUGGGAGGAAAUCUGUAUGGACAGCCUGGACCUUCUAACCAACCUGGAUUGUGGCCUGACAAUAUGAUGUCCAUGGAGCAAGCAUCACGGGGUUCACAAAACAGACAAUUAGUUAGAAGCUCUUUGGAUGAUCUUUUAUGUUCGGCACCAAACAUGGAAGGCCAGAAUGAUGAAAGGGCACUUCUGGAUCAGCUGCACACAUUACUGAGUAAUACAGAUGUCACAGGUCUGGAAGAAAUUGACAGAGCAUUAGGAAUUCCUGAUCUUGUAAACCAAGGACAAGCUUUGGAACCCAAACAAGAUUCAUUUCAAGGUCAGGAAUCUUCAGUUAUGAUUGACCAGAAGCCUUUGUUAUAUGGUCAACCCUAUCAAGGGCAAGGGGUAGCAAUGCCAGGAGGUUUUAGUAACAUCCAGGGACAACAGCCGUCUUUUAAUUCAGUGAUGAAUCAGAUGAGCCAACCAAGCAAUUUUCCUCUGCAAAGUUUGCAUCCCCGAGCAAAUGUGAUGAGACCUCGCGCCAACACACCAAAGCAGCUGCGCAUGCAGCUCCAGCAGAGGCUCCAGGGACAGCAGUUUAUGAAUCAGACCCAUCAAACGCUUGAAAUAAAAAUGGAAAAUCCAGUAAGCGGUACUAACUCAGUGAUGAGACCAGUUAUGCAGCCACAGGUGGGAUCCCAGCAGCAAGGUUUUCUUAAUGCUCAAAUGGUGGCUCAGCGAAACAGGGAACUGAUAAGUCACCAUUUUAGACAACAGAGGAUGGCAAUGAUGAUGCAACAGCAACAGCAACCUCAGGCCUUCAGUCCACCACCAAAUGUGACAGCCUCAGGAAGCAUGGAUAGUGCUUUGACAGGCCCUCCAAUGGCUCCAGUUCCUUCACAGCAAUUCCCCUAUCCACCUAAUUAUGGAAUAAGCCAGCAACCUGAAUCUGCAUUUAGUAGAGUAUCAAGCCCUCCCAAUCCAAUGAUAUCAUCAAGAAUUGGACCCUCACAGAACCCUAUGCUGCAGCAUCCUCAGUCAGCAACAAUGUACCAGUCCUCAGAGAUGAAGGGCUGGCCCUCAGGAAGCAUGCCCAGAAACAGUUCUUUUCCCCAGCAGCAGUUCAGCCAUCAAGGUAACCCAGCAGUGUACAGUAUGAUGCACAUGAAUGGCAGCAGUGGCCACAUUGGACAGAUGAGUAUUAAUACCAUGCCUAUGUCAGGACUGCCUAUGGGUCCAGACCAGAAAUACUGCUGACAUAUAGAACCACAUCUUGAAACAAGAAUGGCUGAAUGCACUGGUGUUAGAAAGUAAAAUGACACAUUCUUCAUGGCAAGUCAUACUGGGCUUACAGAAACCAGUGAUCAGUUUCCUCAUCGAGAGGAAAACAAACCAAAAAAACCCCGUACCCAACAAAAAUACAUUUUAGUAGAAGCAGCCUAUGUAUUACUGUAUGUUGUGGUUAAUAUUUUUGGCACUCUUCCUCUAGAAAUGUGAAUUUGGUAAUGCCAUUUUAAUACAUUUCAUGGGUAGACUCCUGGUAUAACUUACCUGUUUACUGUAGCUAUCCAAAGGCGUUGAGCCCAGGCAGACAAAAGUGCCCAGAGAAGUCACGGUGGUAAGAAUUUCCUGACUUCUCUAAUAAUAAUAUCUGUCAGAGAAUGUAGUUCUUAGCCUUGACUCUUUUAUAUGAAUUCCUGAAUAUAAAUGCUGCUUUUAGUCUCUUACCCUGAGAGUCAGGGAUUUUCCAAGCAAAGUAGCAGUGCAAAAUUAAUUGGCACAUGUUAGUCCAAAAUCCUAUCUGUUGAAGCCAAGGGUUAAAAAGAGGGUGAACAAUUUAAAUUAUUUAAACACAAUUGUGACUAAUAUUUACAUAUUGCUGUGCAGCUGAGUGCACUUUAUAGAAGACUAUAUAAUGGAUUAAUGCAAUAUCUUUGAUAAUUACUUAAUAUGAAGAUAGGGUGUACUCAUGUUCCUUCUCAAACACAGUCUUAAAAAUGAUUUCAAAAGACUGCAUAAUGUAAUGUUUUCUGUGUAUGGAAAUGAGAGCAAUAAUCUUUCAUCUUUCUUUGAAAAUAACUUCAGAAAACUCAAGGCAAAACACUGCAGGCAGAAUCAGAAUUUUGCAGUCUUUUUUGUGAAUAAAUUUUGUAAAUAGGAUCUUUAAAAUAGUGUAUUAUAUAUAUGACUUUUGUAGGUCACUAACUCAUUUUUGCAGAGUUUGUGAAGCUGAAUAUUUAACGCCAUUGACUUCUGGAAACUGAGUGUAGUUGAGGUCCAAACAAAAUUUUUUUUUUUUUUUUAAUUUUUUUUUUUUUUACUAAAUUUAAGGACUCUGAAAGCUGGGUGACUUUGGCCCACAUAUUUCUCUUCUUUGGUCUUCAACACUUCAUUUAUUUUUACAUCUUUUACACAGAGCUUUUUAUAAAAAAAUAAAACCGGUUGUUCAAUACUUCCUCCACCUGUGAGCACUUUUGUUAAACUUCUUUUUACCUUUGGCAAUUUGACAAGGUGGCUCUGCAUUGUAAGAUCUUACAACUUGUCAGGACAGACACGUCUGUUUGUAAUAGGUUGCCUUUUCAAUUGAUGAAUCUGGAUUGUCUUUUUGGUCAAUUUUAAUGAACACUGAAUGUUCUUUGAAAAUGUUUGUCUGUUGCAAAAUAUUUGUUGUUACGUAACAUCCAGCAGUCUUUAAGGAUGUUAAGCCACACUUUAUCCAAAUGUCUACACCUUAUUGGCUUGUUCUAAUAUUAACGAAUGUAUUUUUUAAGCAGAUUUCUGUCCUAGUAGUAUUUAAGUCUGGUUACAUAUUAUUUGGUGAUAGCAUGGGGGGUUUUUUCCCCACCUCCAUUUUGGGUGCUUUGCACUUUUUGCAGUUACAAGGAAUUAAACUGCUAAACCUUCAUAAGGGAUGACCCAGAAAUGUUUAAGAUGUGUGGUGCUUCUGUUCUGUUGUUCACUGUAUAAUGGAAAACUGAUUUCUCCCAAGUGAGUAAAAGAAACAAAAAAAAACCCUGA